GGUGUGACCUGCGUGAUCAACUAUGAUGCAGCAGGAUCUGGAAAAGAUUAUGUCCACCGUAUUGGAAGGACAGGCCGUGCCGGCCAUAAAGGUUUGGCAUACUCCUUGCUGAUUUUGCACAAGGAGGACAAAAAGGCACAAGAAAUAGCAUCCGUUUUGGUGCGAAGUGGCGCCAUCAUUCCGCCAGAGCUGGAACGAUUUGUUCAGCGACGCGAUGCCCAAAGAAAGGGUGACAAAGGGAAGGGCAAAGGCCGGAAGGGGAAGGACAGACGAGAUGGGAAAGGCAAAGAUGGAAGGGGCAAAGAUGGCAAAGGCAGAGGAAAAGGAAAAGGUGGCGGGAAAGGCAGAGCAUGGGAGCCAUGA